AUGGAUCUGGUGCGUUUUAGGAUCCUCGGUGUUAUGCAUGAUUUUUGGAGGAUAGGGUUGUUGGUUGCAAUCUCUGUUCCCAUAUCUUCGGAUUCUUUUGUGGUGAGGAUUUGGGAUCCAGGUGGUGAUAGAGCGUUUACUGUUGUUGAGCCAUAUUUCGUCGAGUUUGCUGAAAAGGUGACGGGGGCCAACCUCGAGGGGUCUCCCAAUUCCCCCUGGUGUGUUCGCUGGAACGUUUGUGGGCUUGGCGUCCGAUAA